GUGCACUUUAAACUGUUCUCCUGAACAAAUAUUUGCCUGUUCCAAAACUAGUUGAAAGCCAGUCACUCUGAAGUUAAGUGUUUCUGCUUUGGAUGAAUCAAAAUGUCCAAAAGUUAUAGACUCCUGGUGAAGAAUGCCAAACUGGUGGUCCUGAUCUGCAACAACGGAGAGAAGUUCUUGACCAAACAUGGCAUGCAAAACCUUUCUGUGAUUGAAAAUGGGAGCGUAGUGAUAGGGAGUGAUGGGCUCAUUAAAGCCGUGGGGCCUGCAGAAGUCAUCGGAGCACAGUAUCCAGAAGGGUCCUUUGAUAAAGUGAUUGAUGCUUCAGGAAUGUGUGUCCUGCCUGGGUUGGUUGACGCGCACACCCAUCCAGUCUGGGCUGGUGACAGGGUGCAUGAAUUUGCAAUGAAGCUGGCAGGUGCCACCUACAUGGACGUGCACCGGGCCGGGGGAGGGAUCCACUUCACGGUGGAGCACACCCGAGCUGCCAGGUCCUCAGAGCUGCUGGGGUCCCUCAGCAGCAGGCUGGUCCGGAUGCAGCGAGCAGGGACGACCCUGGUGGAGUGUAAGAGCGGGUACGGACUGGAUCUGCAGACUGAGGUGAAGAUGCUGGAGGUGAUCGAGGAGGCCAGACGCACCCUGCCCAUUAACAUCUCCUCAACCUACUGUGGAGCCCACGCAGUGCCUAAAGGGAAGACCGUUGAAGAAGCAACAAAGGACAUCCUGCAGGUUCAGCUGCCACGACUGAAGGAGCAGAUGUCUGCUGGGACUCUGAGAGUCGACAACAUCGACGUGUUCUGUGAGCAGGGAGUGUUCGACCUCGGCUCGACUCGUUCCAUCCUGCAGGCCGGCAAAGACCUGGGCCUCAACAUCAACUUCCACGGAGAUGAGCUUCAUCCCAUGAACUCUGCUCAGUUGGGUGCAGAGCUCGGAGCCUUGGCCAUCAGUCACCUGGAGGAGGUCACAGACGAGGGGAUUGCUGCCAUGGCAACAGCAAGAACCGCCGCUGUCCUUUUACCAACUACAGCCUACAUCCUACGGCUGCCUCAGCCUCGGGCCAGAGACAUGUUGGAAGCUGGAGUUAUCGUCGCCCUCGGCAGCGACUUUAACCCCAACGCCUACUGCUGCUCCAUGCCGAUAGUCAUGCACCUGGCCUGUGUCAACAUGAGGAUGUCCAUGCCCGAAGCUUUGGCCGCGGCCACCAUCAACGCGGCCUACGCCCUGGGGCGCUCCCACACACAUGGCUCCCUGGAGGUCAACAAACACGGAGACCUGCUGGUCCUCAACACCACACGAUGGGAGCAUCUCAUCUACCAGCUGGGAGGACAUCAGGAGUUGAUCCGUUACGUUGUGAUUAAAGGAAACAUCGUCAUUGAUAAUGGCAAAACUAUGGACUUAUAAUCAGACAAAAAUGGCAAAGGUGCUGUCAAUAACUGUGAUAGACAGUUAUCUGAUAUUAAUAUAAUACUUGUAAUACUACUUACAGACAUUUUUUAAAAUGUGUGUAUGUUUCUGGAAACAGGGAGACCAGCCUAGCUCUGUCUACUAUUUUCAGAUUAAACCAUAUAUUAACUGUUGAUUAAAAUCUGCCUUUCUAUUCA